AUCAGUGUCCGACUUAAAACGCGUAAUUUCCUACUCCAUCCAUCACAAGUGUGUGAGUGACCGCCUUCUAACUAUAUAUAUAUAUAUAUAUAUAUAUUUAUGUACAUGAUAAUACGAACCAACCCAAAGACAUCUACCCUUCUUGGAAGCCGCAGAUUUUCGAUCCAGUAAAUAACAAUGUUGCAGCAAGCCGAUGAUGGAUUUUGCGACGACAUCAUAUUCGAGAUCUUGACUCGAGUGCCGCUGGAUGCCCUGGGGAUGUGUAGAGUAGUAAGCCGACAAUGGAACAGAAUCACUAACGAGCCAAGCUUCAGGGAUCUUCACCGCCGUCGAACCCGGACGUUUGCCGGUUACUUCCUCCAGCGCUUGGCUUCGACGAGCUUGUCCGAGCCGACAUUCGUGCCAGCAGAGGGGGAAACACCUCAUGACAAUGACAUGUCCCUCAGUUUCUUGCCCCGCUCCCAGAUCGUGAGUAUCGCGGCGUGUGAUUGUGGGAUACUGCUCUGUUUCUGCACGAAUAAAAGUAUCUGCUACGUCUGUAAGCCGACUACUAAGGAAUGGGUAAGGAUACCGGACCCAGAGACCCAGUGGCACUCCACGGCAAUAACCUCCAUGGCGGUGGUUAGGUCGUCGAAACCCAAUCAUCUGCACUUCAAAAUACUUCGAAUCUCGAAGGGCUACUUCCAAUCUGAUCAGAAGAAGCGUCGGUGCGAUAUUUUCGACUCAAGGGAUUGGGCAUGGAAGCAACUACCAGACAUGGUUAUUCCGGGCGAUUACGUGUUUGGUUGCGACAAACCAGUUGUGGUUGGAGGAAGAGCUUUCUGGCUCGAGCAGCACGGGCACGUGUUCAUGUUCGAUAUGUACGAGGAGACCUGGCGUAUCCUUCCGGCAUCGGUCCCGGUUUUCGAGGGGAUGAGUCACUUGCGUCCGCGACUCUUGAACUACGAAGGGAAGCUGGGCCUGCUAUUAUUGGGCGAUGACGGCUGCAUGGAACUCUCUGUCAUGGAGGAUCUCCGUGACCCAAUCCUCUGGAAGGAAAGAAACGAUGUCUGCUUGGAAGGGGUCGGCUGCCCACAGGAACUUUACAGGGUUAAUGUUCCUUGGUUUUAUGUUCGUAAGGUAGAAAAUAUGGGUCCCGAGGAAGGGGCUUUCAGGUUCAAAGUCGGAGGAAAAAAGUUCGAACAGAAGUACGUGGUCGUCGGCGAAGUUUUCCCUUUCUAUUCCGAUUAUGAGCCGAGCAAUUUAAGGGCUCCCAGGCCCGCCAAGCGUUUCAGCCGGUGGAUACCUUUCUGUCCAUUUAUGGGAUUGUAGGUGGUAAUACUGAAGAGUCGCCCAGACGCAAACGCAAUUGGAUUAUGCAAUUGUCAUUUUUUUUUUCCCAUUCCAUGUUAUGUUUGUUAUCUCUGAUAUUCAAAUUUAGUUUACGUUUUAUUGUUCGCACUCAAAAUUCGAACGAAUGAUUAACCGUGGGUGAACACGUACUUUGUCCUGUGAAUCAAUUGAGUGGGACGAAUCCGAUUUGAUAAAUCGAUUUUCUUUGGCGCGUCAAAUAAAGAUGG